CCGAAAGACGCCAUUGUCGCCACAAUUAUUGCCGCUCUUGUAGAAAAAGUUGCAAAAAGUAUUUUCUCGCAAAAUUUUAUAUAUUUAGCAUAUUUAUUGCUUCUGUGUCCUUCCAAUUCUUCUUGUGUUGUGUAUUUCGGUGAUAGAUGGUGAUAACAUGUAUGGAUUAAUGGUAUUAUGAUUGUGUUAGUUAGAUAUAUGAUACAGUGAAAAGUUUAUAUUAUAGAAGUGACUUACCUGAGAACGAUUUUGAUACAUAACCAGCAUUGCGUAUAUUGAAUACGCUGACACAACACUAUCUUAUUGGUUAUGUAUGGUCAGCGCUAAAAUGGGUAUAUGAGCCAGUGAGUUACGGUUUUUUUUUCAAUUUUUAUUUGCUGAAUGUCUGCUAAAAGAAGUAGGAAGUCCGGUAUGUUAUAUCGCAGCCGCGAUAAAAUAUUAAAACUCAUGCGGGAACAAGCGGAGUGUGAUGAACCUUUUCCUGACGAACUUCAUGAUAUCAGUAGCUUGAAUGGUGAAAAUGAUGUGCAACAAAUGGACAAUACCAUAUUUGAAGAUAUGGACCCUACACAUUCAUCCAACAUAGAAGAUGGCGAAAUAAACCAUUUUGAUGAAAUCAUCGAGGACGAAUCGGAAAUGCUAUUCCAGACAAAUGAUGAUUUCAUUCAUGAAAACAUGUCCGAAGAAGAUUGUAUUCGUUUUUGGGCCCUUUCGACGAAUCAAUCAUACCGGUCAAUAAAAAUGGUAUUGGAAAUAUUGAAAUCAAAAUACAACGCCAAUGUUCCAAAAAGCGCCAGAACAUUGCUAAAAACUAGACGAAGCAAUGAAGGAAUCAUGGAUAUACCAGGCGGCAAGUACUGGUACAAUGGCAUUCGUAACUGUAUUUCCAAGUAUUUCAGCAAAUGUGCACCUGUGAUGUCCACUCUAACAUUAAAUGUUUCCAUUGAUGGGGAACCUGUUCAUAACAGUGGUAAAACUCAGCUAUGGCCAAUAUUCAUCAAUUUGUUUUAAAUGCCUGAUGUGCCGCCGAUGUGUGUUGCUAUAUUUUGUGGCGAAAGCAAACCUACACAAUUAGAGGAUUAUUUAAGACCUUUGGUUGAGGAUUUGAAGGAUGUCCUGGUUAACGGCAUAGAAAUACAAAAUGCGCAAAUUUCCAUUCAAUUGAGAGCAAUUAUAGCUGAUUCCCCGGCACGCUCCUUUAUAAAAGCUGUAAUUGCUUGUCACGCUAAGGAAGGAUGCCUCAAAUGUUGUUGCAUGGGUAUACACAGUGCAGAAGCACAUACCAUUGUGUUUCCUAAUCUUCGUAGUAAACCUCGUACCCACGAUUCAUUUGAAAAACAAGAAAUAAAAGGCCAUCACAAAGGAACUACACCACUAUUAGAAAUUCCUUAUAUAGAUAUCGUGCGGGACAUUAUUGUGAGCGAUCUACUACACCUUUUGUUUUUAGGAGUGUUUCGCAGAUUGCUUCGUGGUUGGAAGGAAGGCAAGUUAUCGCGAAUUAUAAAAUGGUACGAUGAAGAAUGCGGAAUAAUUUCUUCAUUUUUAAAGUCUAUAAAGCUUCCACGUGAGAUACAUAGGCAAAUUAGACCAAUCGAAUAACCGGCCACAUUACAAAGGGUCAGAAAUAAGUUCGUUUUUUACUAUGCAAGUAUAGUUUUACUAAAAAAGUGCUUCCAGCUAAUGCCUAUAAUAAUUUUCUGAUACUAUUUUGCGCAAUUACUUUACUAUCUUCCUCUGUGUAUAAAAAUAACUGGAAAGUUGCUGGUACAAUGUUAACGAAUUUUGUUGGAGGUGUAAGAGAACUUUAUGGUGUUAAAGCUUUAGUGAGUAACUUUCAUAACCUAUUACAUAUCUACGAAGAAAUUAACCAUUUCGGUCCUCUAAUUACCCUUUUAUCGUUCCCAUUUGAAAGUCGAUUGGGAUACUUAAAAUAUCUUUUGCGUGGUGGUUCUUAACACAUAGAACAAGUUGUUAAUAGAAUCCUAGAGCUACAAGAUUUUGUGUUUUAUAAAAAUGAGAACGUAGAACUUUACCCUGCUUUAAAGAAACGAAAAACUUCAUGUGAUAAAGACUUGCAUGUAAGAUCGGAUUUUGUAUUACAAAAUGACGAUCACAAUGGAUGCUUUUUGAUUAAAGAUAACAAAAUUGUUAGAUUCAGGGGAGCUGUGGCGAAUGAUGAAGAUAGCUAUGCAGCAUCAGGGGAAGUUUUGAAAAUUAAACACGAUUUCUUUGAACGUCCUUUUAAAUCUUCGCACAUAAACAUAUAUGUAGGAAACACUAAUGAUUUAGAAUUUGAAAACAUUGUAUAUAGUUGCGAUCGAAUGAAAUGUAAAUUGAUAGCAUUAGGUACUGGUAAGAAAGGUGAAUUCGGUUUUAUUCCAUUAAAUCAUACAUUGGUUGGCUAAAAUAAAUUAUAGCCAAUAUGCAUUACACAUGUUAUACACGUAUCACAAUGUAAUAUUAUAUUUUUUUAUUUUACUUUUAGUAAAAACGUGUGAUGUGCUUUUCCUCUUUCCGGUGAUCUUUGACCGCGCUUUGGCGCUUUUCAAAUUGCUUUUUAAAAAGUCGUGCACAUCAGGAACAGUGGAUGUCGUUGUGCCAAUAAAUCGAAAUAGUUCAAUAAUUUUUUCAAACUUUUUAAACUCCACUUUGCUUUCCGGAAAUCCUAUUCCACUCCAACUGCACUUAGGGAGGAAAUUCUUAUCGAAAAUUUUAUCCAAAGCUUUUAUCAUGCGAUUUUUACUGCCAGUGUUAGUUAUAGAGCUUUGCAACCAUUCUUGUAUUUUUGUCUUCUCCUCGUCUUUCAAGAAAUUCCAUACGUUUUUCUUGGCUUGCUAACAUUUUGAAGAUCUUGUUAUGAUCCUCGACCAUUUUAUUUUUUAAGUCUACCACACACUCAAUGAGUUUCUCAAUAUUUUUAUUAGAUGUUGGAGCUGAAAAUGAUGUGGACUCAAAGUUUUCUUCCUCUUCGUCGGGCGCCCACUCUGAAUAUUUCAUAUCGUCUGGAUGACAUACAAUUUCGAUUUUUUCAGGAUCUGUUAAUUGUUGCUGAGCACUUUUUGCAGACGAAGAAUCUUCAUACAAUCGUUUGGUCAGUUGUUUAGUACGUUGAAUUGCAUCUUCAAACGUAGAAAAACCUGUCUGUAAGACGGUGCAACGUUUUAUUUCAAAUUGGCUGGGUGGUUCAUGAUGUUGUGCCCUGGUUAGAUAUUUUUCUAUCGGAAAAUUUCGUAUUGC